UCGUCAGUCUUUCGGUACAGUUGGCACGGUUCGGUCGCGGUUUUUCACACUCCACCAACUACGGUGUGGACAGGCAACCCAGCGUGCGUGCGUGGUCCGUGUGGCCCCAAGUCAAGUGUCGUCCCUGCUGGAGUGGUGUCUCGUUCCAGCGUUGUGUCAUCUCUUGCCUCGACACGAGAACCAGGAGCGGGAGUUGGUUUCUACAAAGUGGCCAAAAAGUGUCAACUUUCCCAGGGAUCAAGCUACGGGAUCCAGAUAUCCGGAAUUCAUCGCGUCAUCACUGUCAAUGUCGUGAGCCCGGUUUACCGCCGCUGCCAAAGCGAUUAACACGACGGAACCGGAAACGAAUCGAACCCGUGACACUCGACGAUAGAACCAAAACAGCAACAACAGGGUAAAAACAACAAAACCGGAACAAAGUAACAAUCGAAGCAGGCCAAACAAACCAGUAACUAUCGCGGAACCAACAAAAAUCAAAACACUCGCUACAAAUGCACACACACAGACACAGAUUGACACACCCGAGGGGAGAAAGCUGUUUAAACUUGUAUUAGUAGUCUAGGAACAUCAAACGAGAACCUGCAAUCCUUGUGCCACGACCCACAUCACGCCAUCGGUUUUAGUCACGGUUUUGAGUGUCCUUUAACAAAAAACCAAAAAAAAACAACCAAAACACUCGGCAUAGUCUAGUAUUUAAUACACACACACACAUACACAAACACAUACACACAAAUGGAGCGGAAACUGCUGUACGCCUUCCGGGGCUGGAUAGCGUUCGUGGCCUUUAUGGACCUGGGAACGGCGGUGCGGUGCUACAUCGAGCGGCGGAGCUUCCUCGGGGACCACUCGGAGACGCAGUUUAUCGAAGGGGAUUAUACCAUUUCCAGGAUAUUGGGAAUCUACUGCAUCCUCAAGGCGGUGGCCCUCGUGCACUGCACUCUGUACAUACACUACAAAGCCGUGGUCAGCAUGGGUGGCUGCUCGCUGGCCAUCACGAUGAUCCUGUACGUAACCGAGGCCUUGUACUUCCGCUCGACGACGCUCAACUUUUACGUCAUCUUUCCGUGCAUCCUCAACUCAAUGACUCUGGUCGGGCUGCUGUACAUCCCGCGGCGGCUCCGGCUCUGGGAGCACCGGUCGGAGAACGACGACGAGAACGCGACCCUGCUGAAGCAGAUGGGCGGCUACAAGAAGCGCUCGCGGGCCCACAAAAACAAAACCCCCUGAAUGCGGUGCGGUUCCCGGCUGCUGUGGAUCGUCUAGACAAACAAAGACUAGAGAGGUUAUAACUUAUAAGGUAUAUAUUCGAAAAUCCAACCCAAUCCCGCCCCACCCCAACUGAUUUAUUCAAACACACAUCACGAGAAACAUUUCGCGCGUAGCAACAUAAAAAUCCCGCCAAAUUUCCCACACAAAUAUGGUCGCUCCCAACACUGAGGGUGGGAGGCCACUUUUAAGCCCGCGAACGGAAGUCGGACACGGAACUUCCCGAUUUGUUUUAAGUUAGGUUCGUUGUUGAUAAAUUGAAGUAUGUUGAAAAGACACCACACACACACAUUUGUACUAAACAAAUUUCAAGCCUCCGCGCCAAGAAGGAAGUGGAAAUGGUUUGAAAACAACGGCAAACAACAACACAAUGUGAACACGAAAAGCUUUAAUACAUUUAUAGUGAAAUAAACAAAAACAAGGUGAAAAUUAAACAUAAAACGAAAUUAACAAAUUGAAACCAAUUAAGAUUAAAAACAAGAAUCAAUUUGUAGGGUAAUUUAAUAGCUAUAAUAAAAAAAAAAUCAAUUACAAUGAAUAAUUAAACAAACAUAAAAGGAUCACACGCCGCGCCGACCCGGCUCUGGGUGGCCAUAAAUUAUCGCAUUAUUUAGGGUAAAUCAAUUGAAAGGCGCUUUUUACACACACACAUAACUCACACGCACUCGUUCUGCAUUUAUCGCACGCGAAAACGGCAUCAGAAUCCGAUGAUGAUGAUCAUGAUGCGGCUGCUCUGACACUUUUGCAUUUAAAAUUUAUCGGAAUCAAAAACACACAUACACACACACACAAAGGCCACGCCAUUUUCGAAAUCGUAGUCUGUAGAGAGCCCACCACAAAUUCGCAAACAAUUCACUUUUGGUCUGAAAGAUAUAAAAAUAAUGAUAAAAGCACACACAAGAACAGCAACGGCAAAAAAACACACUUUAAAUAAAUACUCAGUAAAUUUUAUAACCUCAACCCCCUCAACGACUCGUGCAAACAAUCCAACUGACCUGACUCCGCCAACCAACUAACGUGACGAGUAAAUUGAAAUCAGGAAAUACAAAUAGAAAAAAAGUGGCACGUGAACAAUUUUCGCUUUAAAAAAACUUCGACAAAACCAGUCAUUCUUUUCUCAACAACUAUUUAAAAGAAUAAAACCAAACCAACCAAGUAACUAAGUAGAAUAGUGUGAACCAAAUAAACGGGCUAAUUUUUAAAGAUCGAUUUUGAUAGGAAAAUUUUUUUUUUUUUU